AUGUACUGCUCCUCAGGUCUGAUUUCAGGCUGUGGGCUGCUCUCCUUGGUGAAGACAGACAGGAGGACGGCCCUCACCAGAACCACCUGCUACUCACAGGGUUCUGCUGCGCUGGAGGAGUGCUCGGUCCGCUCCACCUCCCCCUCCCUGCUGACGGCAGCCGGGGGGGGGCAGCGGGUUCUGACCCGGCUGGACGAGGGGUCGGGGUGCACCGGACCUGAGAGGGUGCUCAACCUGUGGAGAGAGGAGGGCAUCAAGAACAGCCGGGACAUCCUGCAGACGCUGGACUUCUCCCUGGAGGAGCGCCUCUCUCUGGUGGAUCUCACUCUGGCUCUGGACAACGAGCUGCUGGUCAGCGGGAACGGGAUCCACCAGGCGGCGCUCAUCUCCUACAAGAACGAGAUCCAGCACCUGCAGGUGCAGGUGGAGCAGGCCUGCAGGCAGAGGGACAAGAUGAAGGCUGACCUGGAGCAGGCGGAGCAGAGGAACCUGCAGCUGGUGGGGGAGGUGGACGAGAGGCACGCCUGCAUGGAGACCCUCAACCACAGCCGUAUCAGACCCUCAACUCACUCCAACUCACCUGUAAUAGACCCUCAACUCACCUGUAUAUAG